GCGGGGAAGGGUGUCCCCGUCUCUCUCCGUGCGCCAGGGCGCGGCGCAGCCACUCGGUGCGCUCGGAGGCGGAGCAGGGGCCACCCGAGCCUUAGCAGCCGCCGCUUUCUCGGCCGCCUGGAGACACAAAGGCUGCGGAUCUCGCCCCGGAGCCGGGCGAGGCGAGUGGAGCAGCUCCGGGCCCCCCGUUCAGUCCCGCCGGGGCCCCCCUUGGAGAGCCAUGUCCUGCCUGGAUUACCUCGCUGCCGAGUGCCUGGUGUCCAUCUCCAGCGGGGCUCUGAUCCACCCCGCCGCCGCCUCCAGCCUCCCCAGCCCCGAUCCCGCUAGCAGCGAGGACCGGGAGGUGCGGGACACCCUCCGGGGCGCAGCCCCGGCGGCGGCCGGCUGCAGGGCGCGCCCCGGUUCGGCGCACUCGGAGAGCAGCAACUCGUCCUCGUCGGCCGGAGGGGGGGACCUGGAGAGCGGCUACACCACCUUGUCCGACGGGGGCGGCGGACCCCAGCGCGCCCCGCUGCCUGGCCACAGCCCCAGCCUCUCCUCCCCGGGCAAGCGGCACCGCUGUCACUUCCAGGGCUGCUGCAAAGUUUAUGGCAAAUCGUCCCACCUGAAGGCGCAUCUGAGGACGCACACAGGUGAGAGGCCGUUCCCGUGCACCUGGCCCGACUGCUCCAAGAAGUUUGCGCGCUCGGACGAGUUGGCCCGGCACUACCGCACCCACACUGGGGAGAAGAAGUUCGCCUGCCCGCUCUGCGAGAAACGCUUCAUGCGCAGCGACCACCUCACCAAGCAUGCCCGCCGCCAUCCCGCCUUCCACCCCUCCAUGGUCAAGCGGCUGGCCUGCCCCAGCGACUCCGCGCCCGGCAGCCUGGCGGGGAGCCCCGUCGCCAGCCCUGCCCCCAGUCCGGCCAAGUUCCUGUAGGGGCUGGCGCUGCUCCGAGCGGGGACCAUGUGGCACGGACCCCAAAAGGUGCCGCCUGGCCCAAGCCGGCCCGGAAAGCCAUCGAGAGUACCCGGUGUCAAGGCUGCCCUUGGAUCUGUGGGGCGAGCGAACCGUCUGCUCCUCCCUGACGGGGUCCUGCUCACAGGGACCUUCCACUCCAUGUUCUGGGUGUCUUCAAGCAGCAGCCUCUCCCCACCUGGCUUCAUGGUGACGUCCAGCAUCCCUCACCCCCGGCCUGCGUGUCACAGCGGUCGGAUGUCCAGUCCCACAGGCCGUGCUGCUCCCCCUGGGCGGCUGUCGAAGGAGCUGGACAGGGAGAAGGCUAUGACCUUGCCCUGGCUGCCGCCAGCCCCUCUCCUGGGCAGGCUCCCGCAUGGCGGUGAGAAGUGGCACCUCUCCGGGAACCCCCAGCUACCACGAUGCCAGACUCUACCGGCUUGACUCAUGCGGGGCUGUUUCGCCCUGGAGAUGCUGAGGGGCAAAUCAAGCCCUUGCCUCCUCUCUGGUUUACCCUCCUGGUGCUGGUGCAACGACACUUCCCCAGCAGGGGGCACCCUAGGGGUGGUUCCAACUUGCACCUUGGGGACCCCUUGACGAAGGCAGCUUAAACCAGGCCAGUUCUGCCUCCCGUCCCCGGAGGCCAUGACUGCUUUGCUCUUGGGACAGAAGGCUGCUCAGGGAGGAGAUGGCCGGUGGCUGAAGUCUCCUGCGUCUCCCACUUCCCCUCCCCUCUCCUUCUGGAAACCAGGACCUGCUCCCCUGAAAUUCUCCCCUCUCCCUCCAGGGGAAGCCCAACAUAGAUAUAGAUCUAUCCCUCCCCCCGAGGGGAAUUCUGAAUAUUUAUUUAUACAGACUAACGCGCCUCCGGCUGCAACCUUGUGAGGUCUUUGCAAGUCGUGGGUAUCUGGCCAGUGGACACAGACUAACUGACUGGGCCGUGGGGGGGAGAGGGGGGGAUGUACCUUUCGAGUGACUCUCCGUCCAGCCCCUGCCAUGGGAUGGGGCUGGGCUUUUUAGACAGGAAUCUAUUUAUGGACAAAAUCGGUUUUUAUAGCUGUGGAAUCGGGUAUAAAGGGGGGGUGACAUGCGCCCCCGCCAGCCUCUUUGAAGCGGGUGCGGAUUGAGUAUUUGUCUACGUAGCAUACUGCUGCUGGAACCCGGCCGUGUGCAGCUGUUUUAGGGGAAGCCUGGGCCUGCAUUUCGGUUCUUGGUGAUUUGGGGGGGGGCGCUGCGGAUUUUCCUGAAAACUUGUAAUUUAAUUUUUUUUUCCAGAGAGUUCUCAGCACUUUAAAGACACAGGGGACCCCUUUGAGGUGGGUCAGGUGGGGCACCCAAAAAAUCACUAGUCACUGCUGGAAAUAUAGGGCCAAGUGCCUUCAGUCCAUCGAAAGCAGGCCUGUCCCAGAACAGGAUCAGAGUGGACUCGUUUAUUGGUACAACGGCGGUUACAUAGCAGCCUUUCUCAGCCACGUGGGCUGCUCCAUUUGAUUCUGCUGCAAGUCGCUGCACUGAAGUCACUAAGGGUGUGUCUACACUUGGGUGUCGACUCCACCUAGGCCGGGGUUCUCCUGUCGGCGUAGGCAAUCCACCUUCCCGAGAGGCGGUAGCUAGGGCGACGGACAAAUUCUUCCAUCGUCCUCGCGCUGUCUGCACCAGCUUAACUGGUUGGUCAGCUUAACUACGCCGCUCAGGGGAGUGGAUUUUUCACGCCCAUCAGAGACGUAGCUGUGCUGGUGUAAGGUCCCAGUGUAGACCCAGCCCUGAGGUAGGUCAGGGCUGCGGUGCAGUAAUGCCCUUGGUUUAGUCAGCUGCGGGGAUUGAACCUGGGACCUCUGGCUCUAAAAGCAGUGAGUGUGUCGCCUGAGCUAAGAGCCCAGCUCCGUUAGUUCUGUCGCAGUAGCGGACUCUGGGGUCUGACCACUAGAGGGGGACAAGGCGCUACCCCGCGUUGGCGUGGGUGAUGCUGAUUUUAUAGACGUGGGUGUUCUGCCUGCGUUGGGGAUAGGCCUGGCCGCUUGUGUGCAGUGCCGUGCCGCUGGCCAGAAGGCUGAACAUCAGCUUUCCCCACAACACGUGAGCCCAGGCCGAUUGGCCUUGGUGGAACGAGUUUGAUGGGUCACAGGCAGUUCCUGGGGUCCCGCUGCCUACGUAACAAAGCCAUCGGCGUGGCUGGCAUGGCUCUCCCCUCCUGCGCUGCCCCUACCAAUGCCCACGCCGCACCUGGUAUGGGGAUAGGCUGCUCCACGCCCACGCCUCUCUCAGUCCAGGCGCGCUUUCGAUCAAGAAGCAAACCCCCUCCCCCAGUGCUUUCCCUGGGCUCUCCGGAGAGAACCUUGCCCCCUGGAACGCUUCAGAGACGUGUCUGGGAUGGGUCUGCUGGGAGUUCCUCAAGCGUGGCAUGGCUGGGAGUUGGCCUCCUUUGCCCCCUCUCUGUAUUCCGCGUGGCCCCCGGGUCCCAGCGCUGUGGGAUCAUUCUCCAUCAGACUGUCUGCAAUGGCCCAGGCCGUGGGACUGUCUCGAAGGAGCCGGCAGCUUGCUGGGAUUGGGAGCCAAUCUGGCAAUGGCCAGGAUUCCGGCGUCAGAACUUGAGGACUGUGUGGAGCUCCUCUGGCUGGACCUUGUUUCUGGCCUCCUGGACUGGGGCACAAGAGCGCUCAGAGCGGCCGGGAAGAGAUGCCAGCCGGACCCCGGCUCCGGGAGCAGUGGCUGCCUCUCGGGGCGGCUCGCCAAAGGCCACCUUGGGUAGAAUACACUGAAACGUACUGCAUUAGCCAGCGGGUCCCUUCUCACGUCAGUGUCGUGCCAGGGGGCUCGGCGUCCUUUCCUGCCUGUGCCCAUCACAAACUGACUGGCCUUUGGGAGCUGCCUGUCUCUCUCCUGCUUUCAUGGCUGAAGCUCGAGGGAGAUCUGUUUCCAGCAGGAACUGUUGAAGGAGCUCAACAUUUUCCACCAGCUGGUUCAUGCAAAGGUGUCGCUGGGUGACUAUUCUCUGGGGUGGUCCCAGGGCCCUUGUGAUGGGGAUACGGCGGGGGGGGGGGGCUUACGAAAUGGCUAAGUGGGUGGAGGAGGAGAGGAAAGCGUGGGGGUAGUUAAUGGACCAGUGAGGAGAGGGCAAAAGCAGGUGAUCUAGAGGGCAAAAGCAGGUGAUCUAGAAACAACCUUUCAGGAAGGGCUCCAUGGCUGGGGCGUGAAGUGGUUAGUGGCCUGAGCUGGUGCGGGUGAGGCUGGUGUGUCCCCUCCCAAGAUAAGCCUGGCGCCAGAGCAGUUCGGACCUAGCCCGCCUUAGCUGUGCUGCCCCAGUGCAUUCUGGGAUCCCCGAUGCUCCUGCCCUGUAGUACUUGGUAUCAUUGCUGGAGAGGGGUGGGUUCAGGGGUAACUUCCUGUGUGUGUGAUGCGGGGAGUGGGGGACCUGUAGUCUGGGCUGGUUUUGCUUAGUGUAGACGGCACCUGCGAAGACAGAUGUUGGUGACCCCAGGAAGCAUCGCUGAAGCCUGUGGGCUGCGCUGGGCCCCUGCUGGUCCAUAUGCAUCCAGGGACCAGCGUACCUCAGUUUCCCCACCGCGGUGAGGGGUGGCCAGAGCCCUGAGCAGGGCCACUUGGUCCUCCCCCCCUCCCCCCCCCGAAGCUAGAUCAGGAAGGGCCCUGCUCUAACCUGGACAGCUGGUGUGUGGCCCCUUCCAAGGAUGGGCUCUGGCAGAGCACCGUGUUCUCGGGGCGGGGGAGGAGAGCCCAGCUGGUUGGGGGCGGGCGGAGGGGCCACUCUGCCUCCGCCAGCCGAAAUUCCCUUUGCGCGUGUGAGGAGAUUCUCUGUGGGGACUCGGCAGCUGCCACCAGCCCUCCCCUCCAGCUCCAAAGGGGGUCCUUCCUCCUCCACCCCCCCCAGCCUCCAUGCACUUAUUUCCUCCUUAUUUAUUACUGAUUUCUCCCUUUCCCCCAAGGAGUUGAACUGGAAUGGGUCCUUCUCCUCCCCCGCCCCGAUGAACGGCUCCCCCAUACGCGUUUCGGACUGGCUGCAGUGCGCUUGCCCCUCUGAUGCUGUGGGUUCUCUGUAUUCUGCCUCCCGCCCCUGGCAUUUCCUUGGGGGGGGAGGGGCUGGUGGGUUUCAAUGUCUUUAUUAAUCCAGUCCCUUUAUCCCUGAAGCUUCCUCAAGGCACCAGUGUCAGGGAGGGGAGAGGGGCGGGGAAUGGGGCAAACGCCAUUGUCACGGGGGCACAGUCUCCUUGCAGCUGCUGUUCCUGGGAGCAUCCCUUGCUAGGGGCCCACCCCUGCGGUCCUUACUCAUGCAAAGCUCCCAUUCAGGUCUGGGCCCUAGAUCUUCCCCUCCCCCAACUUUCCUUUUCCCCCCUCCCAUUUCUCUGCCUAUGCAGUUGGAUUCUGAUCUUGAUUACACGGGGAGUAAAUCUAGAACUCCGCUGGUUCCAGUGGAGUCACUCUGGAUUUACAGGGGCGUCGGGAUCCUUAUCCUGGGGGUUCUGCUCUCUCUCGUACUGCUAAAUGGGAAGGGGGGAUGGGUCCCAGUUAAACUGGAGAGUAGUUCCUGUAUGGAAAAGACCAAAUCCCUUCCCCUAGCCCAGUGGUUCUCAAACUUUUGCACCUUUCCAAUAGCAAGCCUCUGUGUGCGACCCCCCCCCCCCCAUAAAUUUUAAUAUAUUUAACACCAUUAUAAAUGCUGGAGGCAAAGCGGGAUUUGGGGUGGAAGCUGACCGCUCACAACCCCCCAUGUAAUAACCUCGCGACCCCCUCAGGGGUCCCGACCCCCAGUUUGAGACCCCCAUACCUAGCGUAGCCAAGAUCCGUCUCCACCAAGAGCAAUCGAAAGGUGCAGGUUUAUAUCUGGGCUCCCCAGAUUCCCUGCAAAGUGGGUAUUUUUCUGGCUUGUGAUUUGUCAUAAGCGGGGCGAGAUGGUUUCUUUUCUUACGAGAGGGGAUAACUUUAUUCUGUGUGCGUGUGAUAUUUAUGCAGAGUCUCUUCUCUCUCGGAGCUGGAGUUGUAUAAAUAGAUCUCUAUACCGUAAAAUAAAAUUCUGCUGCUGCUUUUUUUUGGGGGGGGGGAACCUUACUUUUUUAGUGCGACUUUUAUAGAGCGGUUCGGAACCACGACUGACUGGGUGACGAGGAGCCGGCUGGCGCCCGUGAUUGGGAGCUCGAGCUUCGUGCUAUCAGGGGGAGGGUGCGGGGGUGUUUGGAAAGCAAUUCUUUGUGCUUUGUAUAUUUCGGCUGGAGGUAAAGCUGUUGAUCGGUUCUUUUGUCUCCUUCCUGUCUUUUUAAAAAAAAAAAAAUCUGUGUAGCCUCUGUUAAGUCAGAUCCUCCUAUCCUGACACCCCCCACCCCCAAUCACAGGGGGAGAGGCCCGAAAUCGGAUCUGCUUGUCCCAGAGGCCCUUGCUAAGUAGAUGUAACGAGAGGUGGCACCUUUUUAUAUGUGAAAUUGACCCCUUAGGCAGAAGAUCAACCAUGUGGCUU